AUGCUGAAUGCGCGAGUUCAGAGCCGCAGCAUGGCUGGUGAUCAUCAAAGAUCGGUCUUCAGCCCGCUUGUGAAUAACUUGCAUCACAGUCAAGCCCAGAUGUAUCACGACCAGGCGCUUCGGUAUUGUCGCAUGGCGGAGGCCGGCGAGGUGGAGUGCCAAGCGCCUGCAGUCCUUGCUGCGCAUAUUCUUCUCGCCUACUACCACCACGCAUCGACCGAUCAUCUAAAAUUUCGGCUGGCAGUUUGGGAUUCCGUCCGGUUCGUUUUGCGAAACAGAGAGGCGAUAAUGGGAUCUACAGACGGAGCCAAUUCGCUGCAAAUGUGGUACCGUCUCUGUAUUUCGCAUCGACUAGCAAAGCCACCUGCGUUGCUCCUCGAAGGGGAAGGGGCUAGUUCUUUCGGGCCCAAUCGCUUUCCGGAUAUCAUGGAUCACAUCUAUCUCAGCUGUAUCCGAGGAAUGAGCGUGGACGAUCUGAUCUACGACAUCCUUAUCAAGAGCUUGGAAAUACGGACAAGGUUGAUAGUGUUUCGCUGUGUUGCAAGUCGCUGCCACAUAUCCGAGCUUUCAACUGAAAUUGGCAGCAUAGCCCAUGAAUCCUUGAGCAAAAUGCUAGGAAGGGACUACACACUGGACGAGUGCGCGGAAGCCCGGGAAGGGUUUGUGCGAGGCCCGCAUCUCCUGGAGUUGUUAGACGUCCAAAGGGAAAGACUGAAGGUGUGGAAGUCCAGACUCAAAGAGGAUCAGCUGCCUGUCCAAUACUUGUCGAGUAUGCAAAGCCCAAUAGGCCGAGCUGCCUCAACCCCGUCCAUGUGUCAACCGUUUCCCACCCACCGAGACGCUAUGAACGCCCUAUAUUGCAUGAUCUGUGAAAUGAUUUUCGAAGAGGCUUGUGGAGUUCCCUUAUCCGAUAGGGUAAUUCCAGGCGGACGUCAGUAUUUGACAACCCUGAUGGACGAUCUGGCUCUCAGUAUGUGCCAAAUCGUUGGUACGCUGGACUUCACUACAUCAAAUACAUCCGAUGUGUACACCUUCAGCCUGGCAGAAUCUCUGCUCCAACUUGUUUUCCUAUGGCGAUCAGACGCAAUCUUUCACUCUAUCUUGGAUGUUAUAUGGCCACGGCUUGAGACCACGGCUAGAGGAUAUGAGCACUCCCACUACCCCACACACCUUGUCAAGCGGAUCAUUAGACAAAUUCGGGAAUACUGGGCCCAAGGUCGAGUAGUAAACUUUGCCUUACCAGCAGUCGCGGAAAAUGCGUCCAAGUUACAGCUGUUGGACAUUUAUCACCCUAUAGAUUUGGUGGUCUGCGGGUAUAACAGGGACGGUAAACAUUUCAUUGAAAAAUUACCACUCCCAUAA